AUGCCAAUCACGUCCGUACUGAGCAUCGGAUAUGGCAUCAAUAUAUCCAGAGAUGACCAGCACUACGGGAAUAUGCUACAGCAAACAGCCGAGCUCAUAGAAGAUGUUGUGGCCCCUGGAAAGUAUCUAGUUGAGCUGUUUCCCGCAUUGCAGCACCUGCCAGCAUGGUUUCCAGGUGCGGGCUUCAAGAAGGACGCGAGGGCUGUUCGAGAGAAGGUCCUGGAGGCUAGGAAGACGCUCUACGAGGAGGGGAAGAAUCUUCUGCACACCAAGCCCACUGGCGCCAGCAUGCUUGCUAUGAUGUUACAGCGAAUCACGACACUUGAAGGUGACGCCGCUGCAGAGGAAGAAGAGCAAUCCGCAAGUGCGCUCAUUGAGACGUACAUAGGCGAGUUCAGAUCCUAUCUCAUGGCGACUUGUGGCUCGGAGACUACUGUGGUGUCCUUGCGAGCAUUCUUCCUCGCAAUGGCGAUGUAUCCCGACGUCCAGAGGCAGGCGCAAGCUGAACUUGAUAGGAUUAUCGGCCGGACGCGCCUUCCAGACUUCGACGAUCGCGACAGCCUCCCAUACAUCAACGCGGUCGUGAAAGAACUCACCCGCUGGCACGUCGUCGCGCCCAUGGGGGUUCCGCAUGCUGCGCUCGAGGAUGAUGAGUACAACGGUCACUACAUUCCGAAAGGGUCAGUUGUCAUCGUCAAUGCCUGGGCAAUUUCGCGCGACCCCGACGUAUAUCCUGAUCCGGAGAUGUUCAACCCGGCCCGCUUUCUAAAAGACGGCGAGUUCACUCCAGGUGCUCUGGACCCAUCUUCGUACAUCUUCGGAUUUGGACGGCGAAUUUGCACCGGCCGUCAUUAUGCAGACGCGGCGCUAUUCAUAACUUGCGCGUCGACGUUGCACGCAUUCAACAUAUCGCCGCCGUUGGACAAUGAUGGGGCCUCGAUGAAGCUCGAAGCCAAAGUGGUGACUGACCGCGCCAUCGCGCACCUGAAGGAGUUUGAGUGUGUGGUGGAGCCCCGAUGGGCGAGUGUUGCAGACCUCAUCAAGUCGUAA